AUGGGUAACGUCCAAACAUCAUCAAUUGCAAAUCAAUUACUUCCUUUCGAAUCAUAUAUUUCAGAUGUACCUAAACUUAAAUUUGUUGAAAGCCUUGGAUCAACUCGUUUUAUGAAAGUUGCAAGAGUAGAAACUGCAAAAGGUCCUAUAGUCGUUAAAGUUUUUGUUUUCUCUGACCAAUUUUGUCAUGUUGAAUUUUAUCGUGACCAACUACAACAAAUUGGACGAAGACUUUUAUCACAUCCAAAUUGUGCUCCAUUUAGCCAUAUUUAUUUAACAGCCCGGUCUGCUAUUCUUUGCCGUCCUUUUUCUAAAUUUACACUUUAUGACCGAUUGAGUACUCGCCCUUUUCUUUCGACUAUUGAAAAACGUUGGAUAGCCUUUCAAUUGCUCAAAGCAUUUGCCCAACUUCGAAUUGCUAUGAUUAGACAUGGAGAUAUUAAAUCCCAAAAUGUUCUUGUUUCUUCUUCACUGUGGAUUAGAAUUACUGAUUUUGCUCCUUUUAAACCAACUUUUUUGCCUUAUAAUAAUCCAUCGGAUUUUACAUUCUUUUUUGAUACAAGUAGACGACGUUUUUGUUAUUUGGCGCCGGAGCGCUUCAAAGACAACGACGAGCUUUUAAUGGAAGCCAAUCGAAAUUAUGGCAACAAUGAAUUUAUUAAUUUCUAUGAAGGUCUAACUGAAGCUAUGGAUAUUUUCGCACUAGGCUGUUUAUUUGUCGAAUUAUUCACUGAUGGUCGUCAGGUUGCAUUUAAUCUACCACAGGCAAUUGAUUAUAAACUUAUGGAUGAUGAAAGUGCAGAGAUUUAUUUGAAAAGAUUGCUUUCACAUAUUUCUGAACAAGAAUUUGUCCCUUUAAUUAAAAUAAUGUUAGAUAGAAAUCCAAAAAGAAGAAGAGAAGAAUUUCUUAAGCUCUCACCAUGUUCUUCAUAUAAUUUAUUUCCUCCCAUAUUUGAAAAAUAUUUGUAUAAUUAUUUUAAAGAACUCCAAGAGCAACCAACUCCCGAUGCUUUAAUUACAAAACUUUAUGUUGAACGAGACAAUUUUAUUUCAAUGAUUCGUGAUCUCGAUUGUUCCUCAGUUUCUGUGUUGUUUAUUAAUUAUGUUUGCGUUUCUCUACGCAGUUGUCAAUCAUUAACAUCGAAAAUGGAUGCAAUUUCACUUUUACAUCAAUUAUCUAAAAUUUGCACUCCUGUAUUAGUUUUUGAGCGAAUUAUUCUUUAUUUGGCAAAUUCCUUGACUGAUUACUUUGCAUUGGUUCGGGCAGAAGCUUUGUUAGUUUUGGGCGAAAUACUUUGUUCUGUUGAAACAAUUCCGCCAGAAGAAUGUCGAUUGCUUGACUUUAUUUUUCCAAAAUUUAAACUUUUAUUAAAUGAUCCUUCAAAUCUUGUUAAAAUUGCUCUUGCAAGCAAUUUAGGCAAAUUCGCUCAACUUGCUAAAAGAUUUUUUGAAUUAAAUGCAGCUCGUCUUCGAAGUGACUCACCUGAGCAACAAUCUCAAAAAGAUUCAAAUCUCUCUCAACUGGAUCCAAAAGCUCCUUUUGUUUCCCCUCCAUUAGACAUGGGAAAGAGUAGCACAAGACUGGAAGUUUUCUUAAGUAAUGAAAAACAACAUUUGAUAGAAACCGAGUAUAAAUCGUCUCAGGACGCCAUUACUGAACUGUUUGUAACACUUUGUGGUUCAGAAAAUGAAGUUCGAAGAUGUAUUUUUGAGGCGACAAAUUUGGAUUUACUUUGUCAAUUCUUUGGAAGUUCAAGAAUUGUUGAUGUUUUGUUGCAUAUGAUCUCAUUAUUAAAUGACAAGAAUGAUUGGCGUAUUCGUUCGGCAUUUUAUGAGGCUUGCCCAAUUCUAGCCAAGCAUUUGGGACAAAACAGAACGAGCAAAUUAAAGCCAUUUCUUUUGUCAGGACUGCAAGACAGUGAAGAGUUUGUUGUUAUCGAAGCAUUUCGUUGUAUUUAUUUGCUACUGUCCCAGCAGUUAUUAUCAUCUUCUGUAAUUUUUAAUAUUCUUCCAGAUGUUGUUCCAUUUCUAAUACAUCCCAACAAAUGGUUGAGAGUUAUUGCAGUAAAUAUUUUGACCGUUCUAGAAUCUUCAUUUCCUAUUGCUGAUAUUUAUUGCAAAUUAGUACCACUUCUUCAACCAUUUCUUAAAGAACAAUUAAUUCGAUUGAAUUGCUUUGAUUUAAUUUAUGAAACCUUGGAACAACCAAUUUCACGACAAAUUUGGGAUUUACUUUUAAAAGAACAUCAUUCAUUUGAAUUAAUUUCUGCCAUUGAGGAACGUAAAACUGUUGAAAAACUUGGUGGUGGUAAUGAUUCAUAUUUUUCUUCACUUGGUUCAUUGUCGGCAAGUGUUAAAAAUAAUCGUUAUAAAAUGGAUUCAUUAAUGCGUAAAAUAAAAAAUACGGGAAGUACAGAUGAAAGAUUGGAUAUUAAGCUUAUUGCCUUUAAACAUUUAUUUGGUCGGAUAGAAAAAUCAAAAAGAAGAGAUCGCAUUGAAAAAUAUUUGGAUUUGUCUAGAAUAAAUUUAAAUGAAAUUGAAAGAGUCCACCGAAAAGUUUUUGAUUUGGAAAGAGGUGUACAUAGAAAAGGACGUGAAUUAACUUCAAGUCAUUUCUUUGUUGAUCAGUUUGGUGCACAACAUAUAAUGCUUAACACAUCUGAAUUGAUUGAACCUGCAAAUGUAGUUGAUCUAAAUGAUGCAAAUCAUUCAGCAUUGAACCAACGGGUAUUGGAUGAAUCCUCUGAACGGAUUUUACUUGAAGAAACUCUUCGCCAUAAACAAGAACGUUAUUCUGACCAAAAAAGAAUUACAACUAAAGUUAGUGAAUCAAAUUCAGAAAUAGCCGAAAGAAUAGCUGCUGCAGCAAUCGAAGCGGGUACUAGUAGUGAAGAUGAUAAGGCAAUAUCAUCUAAAGAUGACUUAAAUUCCCGACAAAGGGUACUUCGCAGCUCAAGACGGCUUAAUAUUCGGAUGCUUGCUCAUCUACAUGAACAUUCAGGAAAAAUAACUAGGCUUGCAAGCCAUAUAGCACACGAUUAUAUUGCAAGUGCUAGUGUUGAUAAAUCUGUUAAAAUUUGGUCGUCUUCCCUCUUACAAAAUCAAUCACAACCUGCUUCGAUGUCUUUGGACACUUUUCGAUAUUCACAUCCAAUUAAUUCAUGUAGUUUUAUGGGUGAUCGUGGUAAUCAUCUAGUAAUGGCGUGUGCUGACGCCUCUCUUCAAUUAUUUGACAUUGAACGUAAACACUUAAUAAAAUCAGUUCAAUUGAAUAGACAACAAGAAGGUCCAAUCACUGAUUUGUAUUCUUUUGAACAUCUAAUUUAUGCGUUGACGCAUCAUAGUAGUGUUUUUUGUUAUGAUUUGAGGGUUGCACCAAAGAAAGGACGAAAUGCGAUUGAUCUCUCUUCUGUUUGGCAACAUAGAGUUAAGAAUAGGUUUAAUUAUUUUUGUUUUCUAUUGAUGAAUGCUUCUUCUAGUUAUGGUUUAAUUACUUCAUUUUGCAUUGACUCUUCUAAUCAACAAUGGAUGCUACUUACUGCUAGUUCGGCCACGACCAAGAAUAUGCUUUUGUGGGAUUUAAGAUUUGCAGGAUUAGAAGUAGCAACAUGGUCUCAUCCUUCAGAUAGAAUAAUUCCAUUACGUAGCUGGCAUCUUUCAAAUCAUCGUGUUAUAACAAAUUGCACACGGGAGUCUGAAUUGUCACUUUGGGAUAUUUCUUCACAAAGCAGAUCUGACGUUCUUUGGCCAAGCGUUGAAACACCUUUGGUUUACAAGAACGAAAUUGUAUCUUCAGCCGUUGCUCCUUCAUUGACUGAUCGGGAAAAUAUUAUCUUCAGUGGGGAUUCUGAAGGCAGUCUUCGGGCUUGGAAUUUAUCUACCGCGAGUGCUUCAACUUAUCUUUGUGGUCCAUAUCGUCGACACUUGCCUAUACUCGAAAGUAUUAGUGACUUACAACAAAUUAAAACCCCAAUGAUUUAUUAUAAACAAAUAAAAUGUCAAGACAACGCACUUAAAAUCCAUGUGGAAGAUCGCAGUCAAUUACUGACACAAACAGAUGGAAGUGAAGAACAACAAAUGACAUCACUUUCUGGUGGAGGUGGUCAACAAAAACUUUUACAUGUACCAGAGGCUCACUGGGAUGGAAUUACUGAUUUAAUUUCAUUAUGGCCAGAUCUGUUAAUUUCUUCGGGACGUGAAGGUGUUAUUAAACUUUGGAAAGUUUGCUGAAGUUUAGUCAGUAGAGAUGUGCGAGACUUUUGGUUUUGAAACUUAGGAUUUUCUUAUUUCGGUCCCGCACAUCUCUGUUUAAAUUUAUAUAAAAAUUUUAUAUUUUCUCAGCGUUUUUCUCUUUUUCUUGACUUGUGCUAAAUGAUUUUCUUGCCUUUUAUUAUAAAAAUUUAUUUUGUAUAAAGUGAUAUUAUUGAAUGUUAUAAAUAGAUAUCG